UCACGCCCCUCGCCUAACAUCCCAGACCCAUCCUCGCAGGUCGCUUUAUUCCGCCUCACAGUCCACGAGAGUCCGGACGUGCUGGUCUCCUCUCCUCGGCUCCGUGGAUUCUCCCACUCCGCGCCAUGUCUUCUUCUUUUGCGGGGAUUUUUAAAGUUGCUUUGGACCACCGACGAAGAGCGACGGCGGACCAUUGAAGUCCACGUGCCAACGCGGAAGUAGCUUUUUAAAAAUAUAUAUUUUAAAGAGCCGUUUUGAGAAAAAAAAAACGUGUCAUUAUCGACCAACGUUUCGCUAAAGAGGUUGGAUAUGAUUUGGUGGAGAAGUGUUCGGGUGUUCCAGCGCGGCUUGUGACCCAGCAGGAUGCGUCAUGUUGCCCGUGAUAAGUUCCGUCUGAAUAAACAAGUCGCCAUGAUUUUAACAACUUUUGCCAUCUUCCUCUCACUGCCAGACUUGCUGUCCGCUUUAAAGAGCGGUGGUGCGCCCCCUAGAGGAGGCGGGCGUCUGGACUGCGUCAAGGCCAGCGAGCAGUGCCUGAAGGAGGCCGCCUGCAGCACCAAGUACCGCACCAUGAGGCAGUGCGUGGCGGGCAGGGAGAGCAACCUGAGCGCGGUGACGGCUCCGGAGGCGCAGGGCGAGUGCCGGAGCGCCAUGGAGGCCAUGAAGCAGAACGCCCUGAACCACUGCAGGUGCAGGAGGGGCAUGAAGAAGGAGAAGAACUGCCUGCGUAUCUUCUGGAGCAUUUAUCAGAGUUUGCAAGGUAACGACCUACUGGAAUAUUCUCCAUACGAGGCAGUCAACAGCCGCUUGUCGGAUAUCUUUCACUUGGCCCCCAUCAUUGCUGCGGAGCCAGCGUCCACCAAGGAGAACAACUGUCUGAAUGCGGCGAAGGCGUGCAACCUUAACGACACAUGCAAGAAGUACCGCUCGGCCUACAUCAACCCGUGCACCAACAGAGUGUCGGCGUCGGAGGUUUGCAACAAGCGCAAAUGUCAAAAGGCCUUGAGACAAUUCUUUGACAAGGUUCCCAAUAAAUACAGCUACGGCAUGUUGUUCUGCUCCUGCCCGGCCGGCGAUCAGACGGCGUGCGCCGAACGCCGCCGUCAAACCAUCGUGCCCGUCUGCUCCUACGAGGACAAGGACAAGCCCAACUGUUUAUCUCUGCAGAACGCCUGCAAGACCAACUACAUCUGCAGGUCCCGACUGGCAGAUUUUAUUAGCAACUGUCAGCCAGAAAGUCACUCGAUAUCGGGAUGUCUGAGGGAGAACUACGCCGAUUGCCUGCUCUCCUACUCGGGACUCAUCGGUACAGUGAUGACGCCGAAUUACAUGCGUUCCCUUAGCAUCAGCCUGUCGCCGUGGUGCGACUGCAGCAGCAGUGGGAACAGCAAGCCCGAGUGCGAGAAAUUUGCAGAGAUUUUCACCAACAACCGAUGCUUACGGAACGCCAUCCAGGCUUUCGGCAACGGCACCGAUGUCGGCGUGUGGCAGCCCCAGCCUCCCAUCGCGCCCACCAUGGGGGAGCCGGGUGCCACCCGCGGGGGGAGAGACGGAAGCGUCCGGGCGGUGGACGUGCUGAGCGACCUGGGAAGACUGGAUGUGGCCGGCCAUGCCUCCUAUGACAUCUGUGGCACCUUGCAGGCCCAAAAACUGCUGUCAAACCGCUCAGAAGAUCCUGCUCUGUGUGCGAUGGGCGACUCCAGCGCGGGGGCGAGAAGCUCCACGGGAAAACUGCGAGCCUCAAGUCUUCUCCUGGCGCUGGUCUUCCCUUGGACACCUUCAACUUUCCAGCUCUCAUAGGACCUGAAAGAUGGACCACCGUUUGUUUGCUGGCACAACAGAGCAAGAAAAAAAAAAAAAAAAAGAUUUACAAAGAGAACAUUUGAGUGAGGAGACUCUCUUUGGAACCUGAUGGAACAUUUGCCCCAAAAGGGAGGACGGUGUGGAGAACAUGUGACCAUCUCUGCAUCGAGUGUGCUGUGGUUUGUCCCGUCAGUCCAAACUCUCCUGCCGCUUAGGAUUUGGUCCUUAAAGGAGAGCAAGGACAAAUCUGCCAUUUUAGUCCUCAGCGUACGGUCAGUAUUAGGUCAGCUUUGUCGUUGUGGUUGUAACCAGUUCGUAAAUAGGAAACAAAGUAAGAACAUGUCUGCUGCGACACACGGAGAAGAAAAACACUUCUCUAGUCACGUGAUGAGGUGUUCACAACGUACAUAUUUGCUGUUUUUUUUGUUUUAUUUAAAGAAACAACUUCAUUUGUACAACAGCAUGUAACGACACCAGCUCACUACCACCCCCUCUGGUCCACAUGGGUACUACAAUAGGCAAGUCUAUUACAGAGCAAGAGAUUUUCCAUGAGAAUUAAAUGGAAAUAUCAUCAAUUUUAAAUAAUUUAUGGUUUUGUAAAAUAUAUUGACUUAGUUCAUUUUGGAGCACAAUCCUGAUUGAAAGACAUAUUUUAAACAAUUUCCAAUCCAGAUAAUUGAUCUAUUGUGCAUUAUGCAUACAUUAAUUAAUGCUACAUGAUUGAUUGAACAUUUUAUUAGUAGAUUGCACAGAACAGUACAUAUUCCGUACAAUUGACCACUAAAUGGUUUUUCAACUUGUUUAAGUCGGGGUCCACGUUAAUCAAUUCAUGGUACGUGCAUAACAAAACAUGUCUUUUAUUCAACACUACCAUUUUUGUUCAUUAAAAGUACCAUAAAACUGUUUUUCUUAUCAUUAUCUACUUUUCAUUCAUUCUAAUGAAAAGCAUCCAAUUUUGUAAACAUUUCCAGAAUGUUCACACAAAUUAUUCUUAUUUUUGCAGUUUUCCUUUUGAAUCUUAACAUCCAUAAGGAGGUUAACGUGCGUCUUUAAUGCACAAGAUUUUUUGGGACACGUUUGAAUUUUUUGCGUUUGAAUUUUGUGAACUGAUUUUUUUUUUUUUUUUUUUUUUUUUUUACAUCAAAACAUGUUGACAAUUUCAUAAAAUAAAAAAUUGUGAGCAAAAUAUGUGUUUGAAAAUUCAGUUUGUCAAAAUUUGGUGUUUUAAAAUUCAGUGUAGAAAAAAUGUAUGUAUAAAAAAAUCUGAAUAAAAAAAAUUAAAUGUAUGAAAAUUCAGUGUAGAAAAAUACAGUAUAUUGUGUAAAAAAAAGAAGUGUUAGUACAUAUUCAGUGUAUAUAAAAAUUCAAUGCAAAAAAUGUAUGUAUAAAAACUUAGUGCAUAAAAAAUCAGUGUAGAAAUAUUCGUUGCUUCAAAACUCAACACUCAUUUCCGGUAAAUUAAGACUAAAGCAAUCAAUCCUGUCUCAGAAACAGCCAUUGAGGUAAGUUUUGAAGCACUGAAUUUUUACACAUUGAAUUUAAAAACACAAAUUUUCCCCACAAUUUUUUUCUUUAUUAAAACUCAGCAUAAUUUGAUGUUUACAAAAUAAAAAU